UAACAGAAAGUGAAAUGAAGAAGAAUUGAAAAGAAGUAAACCAAACUUUUUGUGGGAUAAAGUUGGGUUAAAGCAACAUGGCACUUGCAGCCAAAAAAUGGAACCCCAUUCAGUUGGAUGGGGCCCUUUUCAGCAGUGCCUUGGCCGAAGGCCUCGUAGGCAUUGAAGAGUGCACUGAUUACGACUCGACAAGCCUGAUAACUCCUGGAAAGAAACGAAAGGCCAAAACCGCAAAAACACAGUCAUCGAAGAAGCUAAAAGAAGUGAAAACUGAAAUAGAAUGCAUUCCCGCAACCGCACAACCCUCCAUGGAAGCGUGGAGCUCAUAUUCACUGCCUUCUGAACUACUGAGGGCUCUUCAGGAGCAGGGCUUUUCCUAUCCGACUGAAAUACAGGCGCACACUUUACCAGCUGCACUCUUGGGAAGACGAGACAUUCUGGGGGCUGCCGAGACAGGCAGUGGAAAAACUUUGGCGUUCGGCCUGCCGAUUCUGAGCGGCAUAAUGAGGCUACGAGAAGCGGGGAUUGCAGAUGAAGCAGCCGACAGUGAAUACAGUGAAUCGGAAGACGAAGAUAUUGGAGUAGAUGAACAUGGUAUGGGGUGUGUUAAUGCCUACAAACUGAAAAGUGCUGAAGUCAGAAGACCUUUAUAUGCGCUCAUUUUGACCCCUACAAGAGAGCUCGCCAUGCAGGUGAAGAACCAUCUAACUAAGGUUGCUAAAUAUACUGGAAUCAACAUUGCGGUAGUAGUAGGCGGAAUGGCGGCAGUAAAACAGGAAAGGCUGUUGAGAAAAGGGCCCGAAAUAGUGGUGGGAACGCCUGGGCGGCUGUGGGAGCUAAUUCAGCAAGGAAAUGAACAUUUAUCGCAAAUAGAUAAUAUUAAAUUUUUAGCAAUCGAUGAAACAGAUAGAAUGCUGGAAAAGGGCCAUUUUAUGGAACUGCACGAUUUGCUGGAGAAGAUGAAUCUGGACCAGCAAAAGAAGAGCGAGCGACAAAACUUUGUGUUUUCCGCUACACUCACGUUGAUCCACGAUAUUCCCAAGCAUUUAGUGCUUAAGAGGAAAAUCAAGGGCCGAAAGCUCCACGACAUGACUGCAGACCAGAAAGUGCAAAAAAUCGUCAACACCCUUGGUAUCACCAAUCCGAAAAUUGUGGAUUUAUCACAAGGAAAAGGUACUUCGGGGACUCUGUCGGAAUGCAGAAUAACAUGUGACAUUGAAGAAAAGGACUAUUACGUGUUCUAUUUUUUGAAAAAACAUCCUGGAAGAACGUUGAUAUUUUGCAAUUCAAUCGGAUGCGUGAAACGGCUGACCAAUCUGCUGGGCUUAUUGAAUUGCAGCCCUUUGCCCUUGCAUGCCAGUAUGCAGCAGAGACAGCGGCUAAAAAACUUGGAGAAAUUUACAGAAACAGAAAACAGCAUCUUAAUAGCGACGGAUGUGGCAGCCAGAGGCUUAGACAUCCCGGAAAUCGACCACGUUUUACAUUAUCAAACACCUAGAACCAGUGAAAGCUACGUACACAGAUCUGGCCGCACCGCCCGCGCUUCCGUUCAGGGAUUAACGAUACUUUUGAUGGAACCGAGCGAGUUCACCAACUACAUGAAGAUGUGCAAAACCUUAGGAAAGGAUAACUUGCCGCCGUUCCCGGUUCAAGACAAAUAUCUGUCUGCAGUGAAAGAGCGAGUAAACCUGGCCAGACAAUUGGACAAACUUCAGCUGCAGGUGCGCAAAUUCAAUGCGGAAGAGGGUUGGCUGCAGAAGGCCGCCAGAGAGAUGGACAUCGUAGUAGAUGGACUAUCGAAAGAGUCGAAAGGGGACGAAAUGCGCGCUUGCAAAGCAUUGCGAAAGCAACUGGAUGCUCUGUUAGGACGACCGAUCUUUCCAGCUGGAUUGGAUGGGAAAGUCCAAGAAAGUGCCAUCGAGAUUUUGACUUCCUCUAAGCCCACAUUCAAGCGUUUUAAGAAAAGGAAAAUAGAACACGAGAAAUAAAGAAACUUUUAUAUAAAUAACGA